AGUACUCGGCCGUUUUUAUAACCAACAAAUUACUGGGAUUUACUGGUGGCGUGGUGUAACCUGAGAACUUUCAUAGUCGAAGGGUGUAACCGUCUCAGACUUAUUAAACAAAUUCUGUGACUCAAAAAGUAGUAAUGUGGAGUUGCCCUUUCAUCUAGAACCCUAUUACAAAGGACGGAUGAUCAGUGCAGUUGACCGAUCAUCAGUAUGAAUGGAGAUAAUGACACACUACCCAUUAAAAUCGAACCAAAACAUGAAGAAGAAAUCCAUUUUGAUCUUCAGGGACACAUUUCAGUAAGCAAUGAAGUUUCGGUGACAAUAAAGGAUGAAAUUACCAUUAGUACAGAGUGUUCUAAAUCUCUUUGUGAUGAAGAAGUAAGACACUCUGACUUUCGUCACCUAUUCACUAGCAGUAAAACAGUGUCUAAAGCUUUUAAAUGUGCUACUUGUGAUUAUGGAACAAAUCAUAAAUACAGCUUCAAACAACAUCUUUUGAUACAUAAAGGCUUUAAGGAUUUGAAAUGUGGUGAAUGUGAUUAUGAGACAAAUAAUAAAGGCCACUUUAAUCAACAUCUCUUAAGGCAUAAAUUUUCAAAGGAUUUUAAAUGCGCUGGUUGUGAUUAUGAGACAAAUUAUAGAAGCAACUUUAAACAACACCUCUUAAUACAUAAAGUUUCUAAGGAUUUGAAAUGUGCUGAUUGUAAUUACGAGACAAAUAAUAAAAGCCACUUUAAACGACAUCUCUUAAGACAUAAAUUUUCAAUGGAUUUAAAAUGUGCUGGUUGUGAUUAUGCGACAAAUCAUAAAAGCCACUUUAAACAACAUCUCUUAAGACAUAAAUUUUCAAAGGAUUUGAAAUGUGCUGAUUGUGAUUAUGAGACAAAUAAUAAAAGCCACUUUAAACAACAUAUCUUAAGACAUAAACUUUUAAAGGAUUUGAAAUGUGCUGAUUGUGAUUAUGAGACAAAUAAUAAAAGCCACUUUAAACAACAUCUCUUAAGACAUAAAGUUUCUAAGGAUUUGAAAUGUGCUGAUUGUGAUUAUGAGACAAAUUAUAAAAGCAACUUUAAACAACAUCUGUUAAGACAUAAAAUUUCUAAGGAUUUGAAAUGUGCUGAUUGUGAUUGGGAGACAAAUGAUAAAGUAUGAUAUGAUAAAAUAAUAAAAGCCACUUUAAACAACAUCGUUUAAUACAUAAAAUUUCUAGGGAUUUGAAAUGUGCUGAUUGUGAUUACGUAACAAAUAAUAAAAGCAUCUCUUAGAACAUAAUGUUUUAAUGUCUUAAAACACUCUUUUUGAAACCUAAGGAUUUGAAGUAUGGUGAUUGUGAUUAUGACACCAACAAUGCAUAUACAUUUAACUGACACCUUUUAAAACAUAAAGGUUCGAAGUAUUUUAUAUGUGCUACUCGUGAUUAUGGGACAAAGAUAAACACCACUUCAAACGACUUCUUUUAAAACAUUCUAAGAAUUUUUUUGUUUUUCAAGUUUCACUGACUGCACAAUGUUAAUUAGCUACU